AUGUCAUACAACCCUGGUGCUGCAGCCGCUGCCAAAAAGUCGGCCUUCUCGAUACAGCCGCGUGGCUCAUCCGAUCAUUUCGCUGGCAAGAGUCAUUCACUUGCCCGUCGCCCGCAUCGUCUUGGUCAUGAUGAUGAUAGUUCCGACGAAGAGCAGGCACCUGUUCAUGAAGAAAUUUCUGGAUUUGACACGUUAACGGGUGCUCAGCUCACUGCUGACGGUAGAGCAGUGAGCGAUUCAAAUCAACCUCUCGUCAUUCCUGUCACAAGCAAGAAUAACUGGCGCGACCGCCCUGGAACCAACGUGCGAAAGAGCAAGAAGAACCUUCUCCCACCUGAAGUGCAGGCUUUGCAAGAAGCCCAGAAGAAUGGACAAGCCCAGGCCGAAGGCGCCGUAGAAGUCGAGGGCCCGAGCAUGGCUUAUGGUCUAAGCUUUGCGCAAACAAUGUCGAAGGAGGAAGGGAAACAUAUUGCCAACGGAGUUGAAUCGAAAAGUGAAGUUCAAGUCGCCUCGACCGAGAAAUCAAAGCCCAUGACGGAUGACCAACUGGCCUUACAAGCUCUGCUUCGUGAGACUACCGGCGAAGUUGAACGGCGAACCGACCUUGUCAUCGAGUCAUCAAAAUUACAAGAAGAUGAAACUACGGAGCCGCACCAUGACGAGGCCAGUUCUUUCCGAGCUGAUGUCGCGUCGCGGCCCGAACCCGCUUCCUUGGACCAAUACAACGCUAUCCCGGUGGAAGAGUUUGGGGCUGCGUUAUUACGAGGCAUGGGGUGGAAAGAUGGACAAUCGAUUGGAAGAGGAAACUACAGUUCCUCAUCCCCUGCACAAAAGACGAAAACGACGAAUGUUCCUGCGCGACGCCCUGGUUUCCUCGGUAUUGGGGCCAAAGAUUCUGGCAAAGGUGCUGAAGUGGAACUGGGCGCAUGGGGAAAAUCUGCGAUGCGCAAAGCCUCAAGAAAACAGGGCGAAGAGAAUGCAGAUGGGAAUGUUGAGGGUGUUUACAUGCCCGUGACCAUGCGCAACAAGAGGACGGGGGAAUACAUUACGGAAGAGGAGUUGGCGGAACUCAAGAAGGAAUCGUCCAAGCCCCAAAUUGACAAAGAACGCUGGCGAGAUCGCGGGGACCGGAACCUGGGAUCGAGUGGUCGAGCAAAAGAUGGACAUUCUCGGGAGUACCGCGAGCGAAACUACAGCAACGAGCGUUCUGGUAGAAAGGGUGUUUCCUCCCGGCGGGAGCGAAGCUCCUCUGCUGGCCGUUACUCGUCCAGACGCUCAGGGCACCAUGAGGAUAUUCACCGGAGGGAUGAACGCUCCCAUCGAGACCGCCAACGGGACUAUGAUCGGGAUCGGGAUAGAGGAAGUGCCCGCUUUGACAGCGAUAGCAGGAGAGAUCGUGAUCGUGAGCGGGAUAGAAAAAACCGAGAAGAUCGCUAUGAAAGCUCAAGACAUUCUUCGCACUCGUCCAGGAAAGAUGGAAGUGCUUACCGAAGCCGUCGAUAUGACUGA